AUGGCGAGCCGCCAGCUCACCCGGCGCAUUAUCACCAGCGCAGUGAUCGCACUAUGCCUAAUCUUCUUCCUCUUUCUCCGGCCACAGGGCCCCCCAAGUCCCGCAAUUCGCGCGCCGGGCCAUAUCGAUCACACCGUACCCGCGCCGGGGAUAAGCAUCCAAGAUAGCACAUUGAAGGGGGCCGUGGUGAUGCCGAAGCUAGGCAAUGCAACAGUCAAGGCUGAACUAGGUCGUGCGACAUGGAAGUAUUUCCACACCGUUAUGGCGCGAUACCCGGAAGCCCCCACGGACGACCAGAAAGAGGCGCUGCGCUCUUAUAUUUACCUGUUUGCUCGCUUGUACCCAUGUGGGGAGUGUGCCGAACAUUUCCAGCAACAUUUACACAAAUAUCCGCCUCAGGUCUCGUCGCGUAAUGCUGCUUCGGGUUGGGCUUGCUUCAUUCAUAAUGAGGUCAAUGCGAUGCUUGAUAAGCCUGAAUUUGACUGCGCCAACCUUGGCGACUUCUACGAUUGUGGUUGCAGCGGGGAAGAAGAAGAGGGCGGCAAAAAAGGAUCAGCCUCGCAAUCUGAGGGGGAGGGCGCGGAUCAUGAUGGUCCCGCGGUGGAAAUUUCCAAAGAAGCGACUACCCGCGGUUGA